AUGACGGCAGAGCAGGGAAACUGUGGACGCUUUGGCUCGCUGACCUGCUGGAGUUACGAAGAUCUUUUUCUGCUUUACCAGCGCGUGAUUCAAAUCUGGGACGUCGAUAUACUAGAUUCCGAACAAGUCACUUCUCUUGGAAAUAUAAUGGCCGGUGCGAACUUUACAACUCUUGAGCUGGAUGUAAUACCGGACAUUUCCAUUGAUGAAGCGGUCAUUGUCAAAAUACCAGCAGAGAAAUGGCAGAUGGUGAGUGAUGAACAGCUCAGAGCUUUAACACAGGAACAGGCAUAUGUUUUAAAAACAAAUGUUCUGGAGCAUUUCGACAAUAAAAGAAAAGCAAUUAUUCUAGAAAUGGCAGGAGAAGGAGUUCCAGAGGAAAUUCCUGAAGAUGAUAUCGCCGCUCUGCCAAUAGGCCCGAACACUAAUAACUCCCAUAUGCCUGGCAACGAAGAACAAAGCGACGGAGAUGCAAAGCCACCUGCUUCUGGCAACGAAGAUCAUUUCAGGAGCGACGGGGAUGACGAAGGCCUUGAUGAGGGCGAUGGGGAUGCAAACUCACCUGUUGGUGAUGGCAAAGGUCUUGAUGAGGGCGAUAGGAAUGUAGGACCACCUGUUGGUGACGACGAAGGUCUUGACGACGGGGAUGCAAAACCACCUAAUAGUGAUGACGAAGGUCUUGAUGAAGUCGGCGGGAAUGCAAAACCACCCGUUCGUGAUGAUAAAAGUCUUGAUGAGGGCGACGGGAAUGCAAAACCACCUGUUAGUGAUGAUGAAAGUCUUGAUGAGGGCGACGAGAAUGCAAAACCACCCGUUCGUGAUGACAAAGGCCUUGAUAAGGGCAACGGGAAUAUACGACCACCUGUUCCUGGUGAAGGAGAUGUAAAAGCACCUGUUCCUGGCAAAGGAGAUGCAAAGCCACUUGGUCCUGGUGAAGGAGAUGCAAAACCACCUGGUCCUGGUGAAGGAGAUGCAAAGCCACCUGUUCCUGGUGAAGGAGAUGCAAAGUCACCUGGUCUUGGGGAAGGAGAUGCAAAGCCACCUGGUCCUGGUGAAGGAGAUGCAAAGCCACUUGGUCCUGGUGAAGGAGAUGCAAAGCCACUUGGUCCUGGUGAAGGAGAUGCAAAGCCACCUGGUCCUGGUGAAGGAGAUGCAAAACCACCUGGUCUUAGCGACAAAGAUAAGGAAUCCGGGUUGCCGAAUGAACAGUUAGACAGAGACAGUGUCAGGGAUGAUGCUGUGGGCGAAAAUGGCCGGCAUUCGGUAGUUUCAAAGACCAUUCGACUUCUUGGAGAUCUAUCUAAACUAAAGAAAGAACAAAUCCAAAAGCUUAAGGACGAGGAGUUACCACCCAGCGUUAUGGCUCAGCUUCCUGAAGAAGAGAUUGACAUCGAAUUGGUUGAUCAGCUGGGUGAACAAACCAAGACCCCAAAACAGAUGGCAAUCUUACAGAGCAAGCUCCGGAAGAAAAUUCCCUCUACACAAAAGGAAGUGUCCAAGUUGCUGAAAUGGAUGUCUAUCCGAAAACUGAAGAAGGUGAAAGAUGACAUAGUUCGUCAUCUACGUCCAGACAUCUCUACCAUGGACCGGCGACAGGCGAGUAGCUUUUGA